AUGAUGAAACAAGCAAGAAAGAUUGACAGUUAUGUCGCAUAUUACAAUGAAGAAAAAUCAUGGUUACAUGUUCAUCAUGAUGAUGAUAUUCUUCCAAAUUAUUUCGAAAAUAGCACUGGUCUAGAUGAUCUUGGCGAUGUGGAAUUUAACGAUAUCCAAUUUCAGCAUAAUUUUCGAAUUCAUCGAAAAAGCAUACAGGCUGUAGCUGAAGUAGGCAACUCACUGCAGUCUUUCGUCCCAAUGAUUGUCUACCAUCGACAUGUCUGGUGGAAUUAUGGCUACAAAUUAACGCUUGAAGAAGAUGAAUGUUUCUCGUUGCUGUUGAAGAGCCUUGGGCCUACAGCAAAUCCGAAAAAAAGAGCACCACGAGGAUCUGUUGGCAAUAAUUCUCCAAACAAUCAAAAGCCACCGCCUGCAUCUAAUGUUCGUGUGACUUUAAGUGUAAAGAAAAACGAAAAUUUCGAAGCAAUUACUGAAGAAGAACUGAUUGAGAUUCCUCGUGGUGCUGGUUUCAUCUGCUGUAAUUUGAUAAACCGAUUAAUUUUACAAGAACUGAUUGAGAAUCAUGAAUUUAUUAUUUUGCAUAUUUCGAUGAAUAUCAAUAAGAAUUACUUCAAUAUCGAAGAACUUAUUAAAUCUCCCGCUGUACCACCAAUAGAGAUAUCAAUGAAUCCUGAAAAUUAUGAUUUGCUAGAAACAGUUUUGGCAUGUGAGCCGAGUCGCGAUUCAGAUUUCAUUUUUACAAGAGGAAGUGGUGCGAACAAUGAUGCAACGUCAUACCAUGUCCAUCAGAGCAUUUUUAAACAGCGGUCAUUCAUGCUAGAAAGUAUUCUAAAAAAGAAAUGUUCGCUUCCAACUGAUCAAUUACUUGUGGUUGAUGCUGAAGAUCGCAUCAUUUUUCCACAUCUAACGGAUGAUGACAUGAAAUUUUUGCUCAUUUAUUUAUAUACGGGUGAAGUAAUUUUACCGAAAUUUGAUGCCUUCGCUCGAGUGGGUCGUGUUGUGUCGCUUCUGAUUGACCGUGAACAACUAAUCAAUAUUUUUAUGCAGUGGCAGAAAUUAAUUGUGAAAAAUCUUCUUCAAAUCGAAGAAAAGAACAACAACGAACUUAUUAUUGAAGAAAGUCUCAAAGCACUGAUAUCAGUGUUCAGUGCGCCAUAUGGAGCGUUGCCGUACGCCAAGAGAAUGGCACUUUCCUUACUUGCUGAUCAGAUAACGAAAAGCAAUGGAAAAUAUAAUGGACAGUUGCAGUAUGGUCGAUAUCAGGUUGGACAUUUCGUGGAAAUUGCACUGAAGCUAAAACGUGUGAUUACUUCGGUGAAGAAAACACCUGAUCCUCUUUAA